AUGCUAGCGCUGUUCUCGUACACUUCGGCACGCCACAUCUGCGGGAGCAGUUCUCAGCGAAUGGUUUCAGAGACCAAUUGGAUCCGCAAGGCGUUGGUAAUUCAACGCAAGCUGAAUGUCCGGCAUCGGUUGGGAGACGCGCGCGAGAUGGUGCAGGCCUUGCGAGAGGUGAAUGGGGAGCAAAGCGGGGGCAUAGAGAUGAACUUGAUUGUAGGUGCAGAAAAGAUGUUCCGCAUAUUUAAGGAAGCUGAGGACAGGGCGGAAGCGGCGGAACAAGCUGCUUCGACGGAGAAAGUGGAGCAAUGGAAGGUUCACAUUGAUUAG